AUGGCAGCUAACAACGAUCUACUGAAAUGGGUGACCAGCGACGUGGAUUUCUACUCGCUCCUGGGCAUCACAUUCGAACAAUGCUCCGAGUCGGAACUACGACGCGCCUACCGCAAAACAGCACUGAAAUACCACCCCGACAAAGUGGGCAAGGACUUUGAUCCAGAUAAAUACGAGCUGUUCCAGGCGGCGAACGAUGUGCUCAGUGAUGCCGAGUUGAAGGCCAAGUACGACAAUCAUCGCCUGGCGAAGAUCCAGAAGCAGAGGGCGAAUGAGCUGUUUGAGGGCAAGAGGAGGCAGAUGAAAGAGGAUCUUGAGGCGAGGGAAAGAGGUGGUUUGUCCAUGGGGCUGAAGAGGCCGAGGGAAGAUGAUGCGCAGAGUGAGGGACAACAGGAAUUGCGGAAAUUAGCUGAAGAAGGCAGGAAACGAAGGGCGGCGAGGGCGUCGAUGAUGUCUGAGAAUAUCAAAUUCGAUACCACUUCUUCCCCCGCUCCAGCUCCCCGGAGCCCCAGAAAGGAGCAUCCCCAAAAAGAGGAACCCGAGACGGCUCCUGCAGAGCAGCUGGAAGAGGACGAUGUCGAGAGACUCGAACGGAGAAUACGAGAAGCAGCAGAGGCCAAGGCAAAGCGGAAAGCAGAGAAGAAGGCUAGGAAGAGUGGGAUUUUUGUCCCUGCAGACUCUCCAUCUGUGGGCUCAGCUUCUAGGCCAAAGCUGGCAGACCGAGAUACAGCUACACCUAUCAAACGUCCUGACAUCUUCAAAGGAUUGAAAGCUGACGAGAAGUCUUCAGCAUCUCCCAAAUUCUCUUUCUCGCCCAGCACACCUAAGAACGACUUUUCGGCCACCAUGGCGAGACUUAAAGCUGCAGAGAAGCAGAGGUUAGAGGAGGAGAUCAGGCAACAAGAGGCCGAGGUGUGCCAUGACGGAACAAAAGCCUUCACUUUCAACUUCUCAGGGUCUAACCCCUCAACCUGCCACUCCAUCUUAAACUCAUCCCCUUCCUCAUACCCACCAGCUUCUCCCCCUACCCGGACAUCAGUCAUCAUCGCCAACCGACACAGCCCCAACCCAACAUUCCCCACGCCACUCAAGAACUUCCCCGCAUGCCUCCCCCUCUUCUGCCACGGGGCAAUCCCCGUAUCCCUCGGGAUCCUCCCCACGCCAUACUCCUUCUCUGGAUCAUACACCAAGCUCGUCGGCAUCGGCUCAUCGAUCCCAUACAGCAUAACUGGCAAGAUCCUCUUCCUCACCACCCCCCUAUGA